AUGUCGUUAGUCGAAGAUUUACUACGACUAUGUCAAAAAAAUAUAACUCCUGAGGAGUAUCAGGAUUCACUUCUAGAAAUGAAAUAUUCAAAAAAGGUAGAUAAUUUUUUAUUAAGUGCUACUCCAACAAUAGCAAUAAUAUCUUUAUUUUGUGGUAUUUCAAUUUCUAUGCUUACAAUGAUGGCUGUUACCAGAAAAAGGCUUUCUAAAAGACAUUAUGGUUUAAUUUUAAAUAAUUACUGUUGUGAUAUUAUAACAUCAAUCAUAAUUAUUGGUGUUGGAACAUUUUCAAAUUUUACCAAUACAACAUUUACAAUUUAUGCAAUGGCAUUUUUUAUAAUCACAUUUUCAGUAACUCAUUCAUCUCUUUAUAAUAUAAUUUAUUGUUUUCUUGUUAAAGAUACUCAACAACGUUCUUUAACAUUCCAUAAAUCCUGUUCACCAGCAAAAAUUAGUAUGCUUACAUUUUUGCAAUGGGGUUUUGCUAUUGUCUAUUCAUUGGCUUUUAUUCCAUUAAUGAUAAUGUUUUAUUCAAAAGAAACAUUAUUUAAAUUAUGUUCAUUUAAUUCAUGUCAACUACCACUUUUGUAUAUUUCAAUUGUCGUUAUUGGUAUCUUUAUUAUUUCUGUCAUUAUACUUUAUACAAUUACUGCAUUAUCACUAAGACAAUCAAUCAAAAAUGAAGAGUCGCGUAAUGAGACUCCAUUAUCAAAAGGAUUAUUGUUUAGAUUUUUAGCUCAUGGAAGUAGAAUUAUAUUAUAUAUUUUAACAACAAUAUUAAUACUAUCUGGUUGUAUAGUUAUACUUGUCACACAUAUUCAUAUUCAUAAUUUAUCUAAAAAUCCUAAUGAUUGCUCUAUUUAUGAGUUUUUAAAAUCAGGGAAUACAUUACAUUCUGUUUGUGGUGGUAUUGUUAUGUUGUGGUUAGUCAAAAUGAUAUUUGAUCCUGUUAUUUUAUUGACAAUAGAUUAUCAAGAUUUACUUCCAUGGCUUAAUCAAUCUGGUCAAAUUCAAAGACUUCGAGCUGAAUCAAUUUAUAGUUUAGCACAGGCUGAAGGUUUAGAUAGAAAAAAAAGAGUUAUACAUUGUGCUAUUACUAGUAUGGAAAAACCUUUCAAUGUUUGGGAUAUGAAAAAUUAA